UUUUUUUUAUGUUCUUUUAUCGUUUUAUCUUUUUGCAAACCCGCUUUGAGCGUUUUAUUUUUGUUUUGUUUUACAAUCAAGCGGUGUGCACAUUUUACAAAAUAACUAAGUAGAAUGCCUUCCUGCAACUUAGCCCGCAAGCGAUAUUCCACGCGCGACUCUCAACUCAAGUCUUUGGCUCUUUCUUCCAGCGACGCUUCCGGCGUCCAUCUCCAGCUUGUCCUUCAUUGGUGGCUUGGCCUUUCAUUGAACGAAGCCUUGCGCAGAGCUGACCAAUCCUAAGAGAGCAAGGGCGGGGGAAAGAAUAGGGUUAAAAGAAAAAGAAAAAGCCCCGGCCGUAUUGGCUCUUCGGGUUGACCCUUAGAGGCGAAGCAUGGACGUGAGUGGAGGGCUGGAGAACUUCCCCGUGGCUGUGUGGCCGCGGCUGGAGGAGCCGCCGGCGUUCCAGGUGAGAGCGGCGACCCUUGAAACGGAAGGGCGGGGGACCGAGAGGGCGAAGCCAGUUUCAGCAGCUGUGCGAAAGCUGGUGGGGAACGGCGGCCUUUUCAUUCUCUCUCUCGCAAAGGUCGCUGGGAAUUUUAGUUCUUUCCGGGUCUGCCACUUACCUCUGGUUAGGAGAAUUUCCCCAGGUCUCUCAAUACAGAGGUGGAGAACCGCUGGUUCUUCUAACCGCUGCUCCUUCGGGGAGAGAGUUUACAGGGGAUUAAAUGAUGAGGGUGGCCGAGCUGUGUAUGCCACACUGAGUUCCUUUGGAGAAAAGGGGGGUUGUAUAUUAUUAUUAUUAUUAUUAUUAUUAGUGCUUUUUUCUAAAAAAAAUGUUUAGGGGUAUGCUUCCCCCCCAGAAAAAAAGCACUGAUUAUUAUUAUUCACUUACACAGAUGUACUCGGAAGUGUUGCAUAGGAUUGGGCUGCGCAUGUACGGGUGUUGUACCUGCAAUGUUUGGGACUGAAGCCCACGUAAUAUAUCACCCAUCACUGCAAGAAUAGUUUCGUGCAAUUUCAUUUAAUUGGUUUAUUGCAUUUGCAUGCCCUCUUUCCCCCCACCUCCAAACAAGCUCAAGGUGGCUCACAUAGCUCUUGUGCUCUCCCAUCCACCCUCCCCAUUUAAUCCCCCACAACAACCUUGCAAUGUGAAACAAAAUAAUAAUAAUAAUAAUAAAUCCUUCCAGUAGCACCUUGGGGACCAACUAAGUUUGUUAUUGGUAUGAGCUUCAAUGAGCUUCUGUUGCAGUGUAUCUGAAGAAGUGUGCAUGCACACGAAAGCUCAUACCAGUAACAAACCUAGUUGGUCUCUAAGGUGCUACUGGAAGGAAUUUUUUUGUUUUGUUUUGUUUUGACUAUGGCAGACCAACAGCUACCUACCUAUAACUUGCAAAGUGAGUUAGGCAGAGACAGAGAGGUCACCCGGGUAACUUUGCGGGUGAGCAGGGGUUUGAACCUUGGUCUUCCAAGUCCUAGUCGAGUGCUCGAACUACUACACCACACAUAUAUUUAGUUAGCACAUUUAUAACUUGCUUUUCUUCCACCAUGGAACUCAAGGCAGUGUGUAUUGGGGGGGGGGCACUGCUUGGUUUCCCACCCAGGCCCUUAGCAGACCCAGACCUGCCUUCAGCAAGGUGUCCACUUCCUGUGGUCUCUCUAAAGUCAAGUGUGAAGUCAAAAUUUGUUUUACUUGGAAUACUAUUCCACCUUAGUCCUAAACAUAUUAUAGAAUCAUAGAAUGGUAAAGUUGGAAGGGACCCUGAUAAUCAUCUAGCUCAACCACCUUCAAUGCAGGAAUAUGCAGCUGUCCCAUAUGGGAAUAGAACCUGCAACCUUGGUGUUAUCAACACCACACUCUUAACUGAGCUAUCCAAUCGGUCCCAGUUAGAAAGAUUCCUGCAUCGCAGGGAGUUGGACUUGACCUUCGUAGUCCCUUCCAACUCUGCCAUUCUAUGAUUCUAAGUAGGCCUGAGUGAUGUAAGUUUAAUUCACUUUGGUACAGUGGUACCUCGGGUUACAAACACUUCAGGUUACAGACUUCGCUAACCCAGAAAUAGUACCUCGGGUUAAGAACUUUGCUUCAGGAUGAGAACAGAAAUCGCGCAGCAGUGGCAGCAGGAGGCCCCAUUAGCUAAAGUGGUACCUCAGGUUAAGAACAGUUUCAGGUUAAGAACGGACCUCCAGAACGAAUUAAGUUCUUAACCUGAGGUACCACUGUAUUGCAAUCUCCCCUGUCUUUUGAAAGUAUAGAUGCCAUUGUCUUCUGGCAGGUCUCCUAUAACUUUAAUCCUCCUGUUAAGGCAGGAGUUCAAAAGUUGAAGGUAUUUGCACUGCUAUUACCUCCAGGUCAAUUUCUAGCUCUUGUGCGUAUGCUCAAGCCGCUGGAACCCUUCCAGACACCAGCCCAUCAUUACGUGGAAAAGCAGGCAGGUUUCCUUUGCUUCCUCCAGUGAGUGCUAAAUGACCCUGCACUAUCAGUUACAUCCAUGAGAUGUCACUCUUAUCUUUGGCAAAACCGUUCCAUCUUAUUGCUUAAAUUAUAUUAGUGUUCUUUGAAAACGUAAUUCACAGGCAAAUGUUUAGAUUUCCUGUUGCUGUUUGAUUUUAAAGUUUGUUAAUAUUAGAUGUGUUGUUUGUAUGAAUGCUGACCUUAUUAUAAAUUGAUUUUAAAAGGGUUGCAAUGACAUGUUUUUCCAAUACGUGUGUACACUGUGUACCAAAUAAAAAUAUUCUUACAUCAGUCGUCAACAUGAGAUGCUACAAAAAGUGGGUGAACUUUUGAAAUGUUUUCUCAUUGAAAUAUAGUUUGAAAUUACAUAAUCUUAAAUUUUGGAAUAGACAUGAUACAUCAGAAAUUUAUUCCUCCCAGUCAAUUUGCAGUGAAAAAUCAUUACAAAUUUAAAUUUGGAUUAAAUAUGGCAGGGAAAGGGGAAAGAAACAAGAGACUUAUGGAAAUAUUUUACUUUUCAACAUCAACACAAUCCCUUCCAGAAUAUGUGUCAUCUAUUUCAGGGAUGGGGAGACGAUGGCCCAGUUCUCUGAACUGUUAAGGUCAUAGUGAAUCCCGAUUCUGUCUUCUGCGGUAUUAGCUACCCCAACUACACUCAGCUUUCUUUUGUCUCUGAAAAUGAAACCUAAGAGGAUAUGAUCACUUCCUCCCAAGGUUCCCAGUACUUACACUUCGUCAAUCAACUCCUCCCUGUUGGUGAGCACCAGGUCCAAGCUAGAUGAUCCCCUUGUUGCUUCUUCCACCUUCCGGGAAAUGAAACUAGCGAAGCUGUGAUAAAUCAGUAUGUACAUUAUCACAGCCACGUAUUGAUGAAAAUUAAAUAGGAAAUGCAUUAAACUUCAACCAUCUCCUUUCUGUAUUCUGUCAUGUAGAAAUAAAGCAAACUUUAUUUCACAUUCUUCUAAUGUUCUUAAAGGAUCUAUUUGCCAUCCCAAACACGCUGAAUCAUGGCUGGUCCCUUCAGAUAAAAUUAGAAGCAUGAGAUUUGUGUGGGCUUGGCAGUGUAAUUUUAUCCUUGCUUUGGCUAAUGAGCUACUUUAAGGGAAUUAAAUUAUUAGUGCAUCCUCAGCCAUUCCAUGUGGACUAGCACCUGCAUUGUAAAAAUAGAUCUCUGCAGAAAUCCUCUAGGGAGCAAGGCAAAAUCAAAAACGCAAAUGCAGAAAAGCAUUUAGUUGUGUAUGCUUGUAAACAUCAGGAUGUUUACAUUUCAUAUGUUGAUGUGUAUUUCAGCAAACAUACUGGCAACCUUGAAUGGAGAAUUCAGCUGUAUAUGUAUUUACCCAAAAGUAAGUCCUGUUGAGCUCAGUGGUGCUUUCUUCUCAGUAGACAUGUAUAGGAGUAUGCACUAUUUGUAUCAUAUGCUAUGGCUGGUUUGUUUUUAAUGUAGAAGACACUACACAAUGAUCUGUUUUCUUUUGCAGUACAGCCCAGAUCAUGUGGCUGGAGAGGGAGGAGGACCAGACCCAUCUGAAGUCUCCCUUAAUGGCUGCAGCUGUCACUCCUCUUCCUGUCUUGCCUCCACGUGUUCCUGCCUUCAUUAUGGGGAAAACUAUAACAAUCAGUGCAUUAACUGUGAAGGAAAUGAACUCGAUUUUUCGAAGCCUGUUUUUGAAUGCAACACUAUGUGCCAUUGUGGAGAGUUGUGCCAAAACAGGGUGAUUCAAAGGGGCUUGCAAUUCCGGCUUGAAGUCUUCAAGACUGCCAAGAAAGGAUGGGGUCUCCGCAAUCUGGAGUUUAUACCCAAAGGAAGAUUUGUUUGUGAAUACGCUGGGGAAAUACUCAGCUUCGGAGAAGCAUGUAGAAGGAUACAAUCGCAGACAUCAAGCGAUUCAAAUUACAUUAUAGCAGUAAGAGAACACUUCUGCGAUGGACAGAUAAUGGAGACAUUUGUGGAUCCCACUUACAUUGGUAAUGUUGGUAGGUUCCUGAACCAUUCCUGUGAACCAAACCUCUUUAUGGUCCCUGUCCGAGUAGACUCAAUGGUACCUAAAUUGCCACUUUUUGCCAUCCGUGACAUUUGUGCCAAUGAAGAACUUUCAUAUGAUUAUUCAGGUAGAUACCAUAAUUCCUCGCCUGAGAAAGAUCAAGAAGAGCUGCAGCAAGUGAAAGUAUCUAAGAAGCCCUGUUAUUGUGGGGCCAAAUUAUGUGCAAAUUUUUUGCCUUAUGAUAGUUCAUUAUUCCACAAAGAUGACCUAAGAAGCCGUGCUGUAGAAACACUCUGAGAAUAGAACCAGUAGCAUGUAGAAGGCAUCUGAAGGCAGAGUUGAGGGAUCAGUGCAUGGAAUCAGCAUUCCACAUAGGUAGAUGAUGGAGGUGUGUUUCCCUAUCUAACAUUGCAAUGCUGAUUGAAGUGGCUGGAUAUACCUUUUGAUGCACAUGGAACAUGUGACUUCCCAGGCCACUACUAGCUGUCACAUUUGACUAAUUGCACUCAACCAAAGCUGGAUCAAGGCCUCUCUUCCUGAACUAAUCCUUUGGGGACUUAAUGAACUUUCAAAAUAUAUUACUAUGGAAUGAAUGACUCACCAUAUUUAUAUCCAGAACCCAAACCUAGAAAUGGGACAUGAUGAUUUCAUUGAAACUUGCUUUUGUGUACAUGUGAUUAGCAGUACAUACGUAUAACCAGUAAUUUUCUGGUCUUGGAUUGUACAGCAAUAAGUUAUUCCCCUUCUAUAUCUUGUUCUAGUCAUAAAAGGAUAAUGGAUGGAUGGAGAACCUAUGGCCCUCCAUAGGUUGCUGGACUGCAACUCCCAUGAUCCCUGAACAUUGACCAUGCUCUCUGGGGCUUAUGAGUCCAACAAUACAUGGAUGACCACAGGUUUCCAACUCCUUUGGUUAAAACAUUAGGGACAUAACAAAUGAAUGCCAGUGUGACUAGAUUCCUCAUCAGACCUAAAAUCUAUCAAUAUAAAAAAAAAUUAUGAAACAGUCUGUGUAUACUGUUAACCGCUUAACUUAAGCUGCUGUCUCAUACCUUUGUAAUCUGCCUGGGAUUAUCACCAGGCCCUUGCCCCUAGAGGUGACUUGGUAAUCUCAAAUGACUGUCUAAUAGGCAGUCCACUGAGUUCACACCCAUCAUAAUAUCAAAAUAUUUAAAUAUCCUUUACUUUGCUGAUAAAAGCAUGGGUGUGGGUUGAGAUUUAUUAUCCAUCCGGACCAGAAGGCAUCAAGUAUAUGAGCCAGGUAUUUUAUUUUAUUUAGGCAGCAAAAGCAACUCUGAACAUAAACAAGUGAGAAUGUGCAGCCAUUCAGUAAAGAAUAGGAAAUAAUUCUACUCAAUAAACUGGCACAGUAUAUGACUCCCCUUUCCACUGACCGUCUUGCUCAUCAACUUUUCCCCCUGCCCUUUUUUACUGACUUGUUUAACUGUCCUCAACAGAUAUUCUCCACUGAUCACAUUUUCUGAGUCUUCCCACCAUUCCAUCUUGCUCUCUUUGUUGCACUUCUACAGUCCUGUUUUCAGAAACACAUACUGCCCUUGCUUUUUCUUGUCUCUGUUGCAGUCAAGUCAACAUAAAUUAUACCUAGUGAUUAUUCUAAUAACUCAUUCAGUGGGGACUGGAGGCAGAGCUCUGCUUCUGUCUUGGCCAUUUUCCUGCCUUCUUUGAAUCUCACAUUCCUUUCCCAGAAUGGAAAUGUGUCAAUCAGUGCCCCAACCUUGCAUACCAGUAGAACAAAUACCCUGAUACUGGUGUUGAAUACACAAGAAUGUAUAUUAUUAUGAUUAAAAAUGGUUUCCCACCGCUUCAAUUUCGGCUCUCUAAGCAAAGAAAGGAAAUCACUGUAUGCAAUAGCACUGCUGCACAGUUAUUUUUAGGAAGUGAAAUAUUCAUAUAUAUGAAGCCUUAUUUCUGUGAUCAUUCAAGCCUGCCUUCAGUAAAAGCCAAGGGGCCUGUUUUCCUAUUUUGUGAAUUUUUCAGUUUGACUUGGAAGCAGCAACAAGCUGAAUGUGGCCCUGUCUUGCUAAAUGCAAGGAGCUUCUUUUAAUGAGAUUCAGAAGCAAUACAAACACAAGUGAGUGAGAAGAUUAAAGAUUUUAUUCUAAACAGCAAACAUUACCAAGCAAGCACUUCAAUCUGCCACUGGGAAGCCCUCAAGAAGUGGCAAAGUGACCCCCAGGUAGCCUUCAGUUUUUGCACGACCCUCUGGCCAUCAGUUCAUGCACGAGCUUCUCAGAACUAUGCCCCAAAACUAUCUAAUUUAUAGAUAGCUAACUUGCUAGCCCACGUGCCUUGCCCAACUAGCUAGUGCAGAUUAUUAAUUAGCUAGUCCCCUCUUCCAAUACCACAUGUUCUUCCAAACAAUGUCUAACAUCAAAGAAGGUAUCCUGCGUUACCACUUCUUCCUUCCACCAGAUUAUACAUUAAAGGCUGAUGUCAGCCACCAAAUAACUUUAACAAGAGAUAGGGGACAUAAACAGAGGCAGGAAGAGAUGGCCAUGUCAGAUCACUAAACUCAAAAUACAAAUAUAUUUGUAUACAACCGCCCGCCCCCAUCCAUAUAGCCAUCUGUUAGCACGUCUAGUUAUUCCUGACACUGAGAUACGGUUUAUUAUAAGGCAUUAAAAAAGAAAUGAAUAAAGUAUUAUACUGU